AUGGACGGCACUGGUGUCCGCCAUGGGGAUCAGAUUGUCUUCUCCGACCCCCGCUCCGACUUCGAGGAGUACUUCCGUUGCGCUCCCGCGUCCGGCAAGCACCUCACCUUCAGCGCGUCUGGACGGUAUGCUGCCUGCUGCUACCCCUCUCAGCAGCUUAUUGGCAGCAUUGACACUGCCUUUGACUGCUGCGGUGAGGGCCACGAGCUCGCUGGCUCCAACAGAACUGGGUACCGCUGCUGCCCUAUCAGCCAGAUCUUCGAUGGCAAGGUCUGCAAGGCCCCUCAGCCUGUGUGUACUAAGGGCAAAGUGCUGGUGAACAACAAGUGCGUCUGCCCCGCCGGAUACUUCGAGAACGCUCUGGGCAACUGUGAGCGUACCUGCACCUCCGGUAUCUCCACUGGCAAGUGCUACACUUUCACCUGGGAGAACGCCGAGCGUCUCGGCUUCAACGCUGAGGGUUACUACCUCGCCGCUCAGGACGACCUCCAGCAGAAGUUCGGCAAGUUCCAGCUCUGCAAGGACGAAGUCUGCACGCCCAACCUCCCCGUCAACCCCGAGGACGGCUUCCGCAUCAAGGACCUGCACGGCAACCCUGUUGACGGCCAGCAGCCUGGGCUGUGGCUCAACAACGCCCACAACGGCGGCCAGAUCGGCAAGACCGUGCACUGGGACAAGGCGGGCGAGUUCUCCCUCACCAAGUGGCCCUGCGGCAAGUACUGCCUGACCGGAUACGACAACGGUCUGGGCGUUGCCUACCCCGCCCUGACCCCUGCCUUCACCUUCACGACCUAUGACCAGCAGUCGUGCAUCCCCAUCGAUAUCACCGAGGUGCCCUGCGACGUCCGUCACCCCAACAACAACUGCAUCUGGAAGAACGGCAAGGACCAGUGCUGCAACUCGGUGGAUUGCACCGCCCAGGUGUAA